AUGCCAGCCAGAACUCCAUCAACUGCUGAAGCAAAAGCAAAUGACUUUCUCGAUUUCCUGAAUGCUUCACCAGGUCCCUACCAUGCAGUACACUCUGCCAUCCAACGACUUUCCAAAGCGGGCUUCACAGAGAUCAAGGAACGAGAUAACUGGUCUACAAGUCUACAACCCGGAGGGAAGUAUUAUCUCACGAGAAAUGCUUCUUCGAUUGUCGCUUUCGCCAUUGGCAAGAAGUGGAAGGCAGGUAACCCAAUUGCUAUGAUUGGUGCUCAUACCGAUUCCCCUACUUUACGUAUCAAGCCGGUGUCGAAGAAACAAGCUUCUGGCUUUAUACAGGUGGGUGUGGAGACAUAUGGGGGUGGUAUCUGGACAUCUUGGUUCGACAGAGAUUUGAGUAUCGCUGGUAGAGCUAUGGUUAAAGAUGGAGAUGGCAAUUUCGUACAGAAGCUGGUGAAGAUCGAUCGACCAAUUCUCCGCAUCCCCACUUUAGCCAUACACCUUAAUCGUGCCACAAGCUUUGAUCCGAAUAAAGAGACCGAAUUAUUCCCAAUUGCCGGUCUUGUGGCUGCCGAGUUAAAUCGUACAGGAGCGAGCGAGAACGGGCCGACUCUGAUUGAGGAAAAUAAAGACUCGGAGGAAUACCGACCCUUGCAAGCCAUGACCACUCGACAUCAUCCAUACAUUGUGGAACUGAUUGCAAAGAAUGCUGGGGUGAAUAUUGAUGAUGUCGUUGAUUUCGAAAUGAUCUUAUACGAUACACAAAAAGCUUGUUUGGGUGGAUUGAACAAUGAACUUAUUUAUUCGGGCAGAUUGGACAACUUGGGCAUGACGUACUGUAGUGUCGAAGGACUUAUUGAAUCUGUUAAGGAUUCUGCUGCUUUAGAUGAUGAAUCAUCGAUUAGACUUAUUACCUGUUUCGACCACGAAGAAAUCGGUAGUACAUCUGCCCAUGGAGCCGCCUCUAAUCUUCUUCCCGCCGUCCUCAGACGUUUAUCCGUCAUCCCCGCCUCAACUACAGCUCCUGGCUCAAGCUCUUCCUACGAUAUGGUACAUCGUGAAUCUGAUGUGGAGAUUGCAACAGCCUAUGAGCAAACCCUCGCAUCUUCCUUCCUUAUCUCUGCGGAUAUGGCUCACUCCAUCCAUCCCAAUUAUGCUCAAAAAUACGAACAAGAUCAUCGUCCCGAAAUGAACAAGGGAACAGUCAUCAAAAUUAACGCAAAUCAGCGCUAUGCUACUAAUUCCCCUGGUAUAGUCCUUCUAGAAGAAAUUGCUCGUAAAGCCAAACCAAGCGCGGAUUCAAAGGAUGGAAAGAAUGGUGUUCCCCUUCAACUUUUCGUUGUUAGAAAUGAUAGUAGUUGUGGAAGUACUAUUGGACCAAUGUUAAGUGCAGCACUGGGAACGAGGACAUUAGAUUUAGGUAAUCCAAUGCUGAGUAUGCAUAGUAUUAGAGAGUGUGGAGGGGCUUUUGAUGUCGAGCAUGGAAUUAGAUUGUUUGAGAGUUUCUUUAAUCACUUCUCGGAAUUGGAGGGAAAGAUUCUGAUUGACUAG